AUGUACGGAUCAUCUGCUGCACAGAAGGCAAAGAGACGCACGCACGCGCGCCCGGAGCUUACGGACGAGCAGAAGCAGGAGAUCAAGGAGGCGUUCGAGCUGUUCGACACGGACAAGGACGGCUGCGUCGACUACCACGAGCUCAAGGUCGCAAUGCGCGCGCUGGGGUUCGACCUGAAGAAGGCGGAGGUGCUGAAAAUCCUGCGCGACAACGACAAGAUGGGGCACGGGCUGAUGGACUUUGACGAUUUCGCUAAAAUCAUGAGCGAGCGCAUACUCGCACGGGACCCCAUGGAAGAGAUCCGGCGUGCGUUCCAGCUGUUCGACGACGACAACACCGGCAAAAUCAGUCUCAGGAACCUGAGACGGGUCGCGAAGGAGAUCGGCGACAGGCUGGAGGAUGACGAAUUGCAGGCGAUGAUUGACGAGUUUGACCUGGAUCAGGAUGGAGAGAUCAAUGAACAAGAAUUCUUUGCCAUCAUGACGGAUGACGCGUAG